GACCACGGACAAAACCCACUCACAAACUCGAAGCCCCCAGAAAAAUUACAGAGAGAAGAUAGCACCGAGCAAUGGGCUGUGUCUCUUCCAAGCAUGUCAGGAAAGAACGGGAACGCGAAGAUCGCGAGCAUCAUCCUCGUCAUCGUCAUGGUCAGGCGGUCUUCAACAAUGGCGGCCACACGUCCCACCCUGUCCACGUGCCCAACCAUGUCGUCUCUCUCACCUCCAGCACUUACGGCGCCCUCAGAUUGGACAGCGACGACAGAGUGUUGCCGCCGCCGUCGCCGCCCCCACCCCCGCAGCAAGGAGAAGCCACCCUACAGAGCAAGAGAUUGAAGGGAGGGUUGCCGGCUCGCGGGGAGGAACCCCCUGAAGUCAUCAAUGCGUGGGAGCUUAUGGAAGGCCUUGAGGACGGAGCACCGGCGCCGGCAAACCAGAACAGGAAGACUCCGAGCCCGAGGCCGCGGGGAUUGCUCCGAGGUGUCGCGAGCAUCGACUCGAAGACUCCGCUCAAGUUCUUGAACCAGAUUGGCUCUCCGCGGAAGGCAAACACUUAUGGAGGCAAGGAAAACAAGGGGAGCGCAGGAAAUUGGUCGAACCGGGUCACGGGGAGAUCCGAUGCCACCCCGAAACAGGCUUUGAGAUCAAACAAGUCGUUGGAAAGUUCGUGCAAAGCAGCAAAGAGUCUGAGAAUAUCGACCGUUGGGAUUCCAUUUGGAGGGAAGAGGUACAGCUUCGGAAGCGAUCACGGGGUCUCGUCCAGGCGGAGUUUGGGCCCUCUGUUCGAUCCGGAGCUGCUGGAUUCUUACGAGAAAGAGCUGUCUCAAGGCGAAGAGCAGAUCAAGAAGAUGAUUUCACCAUCAGCCAAGAUCAGGAAAAAGAGAAACUUUAAGGAUCCCGACUCUGUCCUCCGUGCGUUCCAGCAAAAAUGCCCACCCGGUGGGGACAAUGUGGUGGUCAUUUACACCACCACACUGAGAGGCAUCCGGAAGACGUUCGAGGACUGCAACGCCGUGAGGUCGGCGAUGGAGUCGCACUGCGUUCAGAUGCAGGAGAGAGACGUGUCCAUGGACUCGGGCUACAAGGAGGAGCUGAGGAAGCUGACGGGGUCGAAGGAGGUGAAGGUGCCAAUGGUGUUUGUGAAGGGGAAGCUGAUUGGAGGAGCUGAUGAAGUAGUGAAGCUGGAGGAGGAGGGAAAACUCGGGGUUUUGCUCGACGGCAUCCCGAGGACUUCACUGGGUUGCUGUGAAGGGUGUGGAGGGGUGAGGUUUGUGAUGUGCAUGGAGUGCAGUGGGAGUUGCAAGGUCUUUGAUGAGGAAGAGAAGAAGGUUGUCAAGUGCGGCGAGUGCAAUGAGAAUGGGUUGAUUCAUUGCCCCAUUUGCUGUUGAUUUGAGCUGGAUUGGAUUCAUUUAGCUAAUUCUGUUUUUGGUUUUUUUAUUUCAUUUUUUUCUAAUCUUUUCUUGAUUUUCUGAGGGUUUGUUCCAACUGAUGUAAAGACUGAAGAAUUAGGGCGUAGGAAGUGUUGUGGGGAUUGGUUCUGAUGAAGUGUGUUUUUUGAGGAGUCCCCUCCUGUUUUGCUAAUCGUUUCGAUUGCAGAUUCUUUCUAUAUAAUCUAUCUGAUGUAGCAAUCUUUUGGUUCGCAAGAGAUUAUGUUCAUCUC